CCGUUCCUGCCGCCCGGGACGCUAUGGACGGACGCGCUGAGCUGCCCGUCUUCCCCCGGGCCGGAGCCCCGCCGCUCGCCGCCAGCGACACGGUGCCCGCGGUGCCAGAGGGGGCUGGAGCGGUCCGACCCGCCGCGCCCCCGCGCCCCACCUCCUUCUCGGUGCUGGACAUCCUGGACCCCAACAAGUUCAACAGUAAGAGACGCCGGUGCGUGCUGCUGGGCCCUGUGGUGCCUGCUACGUGCGCCCCGUGCGCCUCUGCAUCCGCCACCUCUGGACCGCGCGCGGACGAGCUGGAGCGCCGAGCCCUGUCCACCGGCCCCGGAGUCGCAGCCGCCGCGGGAGCCGAGCCUCCGAGUACUGGGGACCCUUACAGGACGGACGAGGCUGAUGCCAAUGGCUACAGUAGCGGAGGCGGCCGUAGCCCGAAUGCGGACAGUGAGGAUGAAGCGCCGGAAGACGAAGAGGAGAAUGAAACGCCACAGGCACCGGAGGAGCGCGUGGCGGAGGAGGCGCGGGGAGGCGUCAGCGGCCUCGGGGCCCGCGGGUCGGGCUGCCCCGGAGCGGCCGAGGUGGAGGUGCCCCCGGUAGACGAAGUCGCAGCCCCUGGAGCCGGUGGGAACUCGCCCGGAGCUCCGGGCCCCCCUGGAGCUACCGCCGGAGCCGGGGGCGCGGGGACCACUCCGCAGGGCGCGGCGGCCGUGGCCACCAAGCCCAAGCGGAAGCGCACAGGCUCCGACUCCAAGUCGGGGAAGCCUCGGCGCGCACGCACCGCCUUCACUUACGAGCAGCUCGUGGCGCUGGAGAACAAGUUUAAGGCGACUCGCUACCUGUCGGUGUGCGAGCGCCUCAACCUGGCGCUGUCCUUGAGCCUAACCGAGACGCAGGUGAAGAUCUGGUUCCAGAACCGCCGAACCAAGUGGAAGAAGCAAAACCCAGGCGCCGACACCAGCGCGCCGACCGGCGGCGGCGGGGGCCCGGGGCCCGGUGCGGGGCCUGGAGCGGGGCUGCCGGGCGGCCUCAGCCCACUCAGCCCCUCGCCGCCCAUGGGCGCGCCCCUCGCCAUGCACGGCCCCGCGGGGUACCCGGCGCACGGCCCCGGAGGGCUGGUGUGUGCGGCGCAGCUGCCCUUCCUGUCUAGCCCAGCGGUGCUCUCGCCCUUCGUGCUGGGCUCGCAGACCUACGGCGCGCCCGCUUUCUACGCGCCCCACCUCUGAGCCGCGGAUGAGGACCCGGGUGGGAACCGCAGCACCCGGCCCUGCGGCCGGAGGACCUACGGGAGCGCCGCAGCCUCUUUUCUAAGGUUUCAGUCGUUGGCCUUGUACAUAGCCGGUUCCUACAGAAGUUUUAAAUUUAUAAACGAGUGUGCGCUGGGGCCAGACGGGAGGCUCCCGUGGCCCUCUCCAGGCACUUUGCAGAACUCUUAAUAAACCGCUGGAAGCCGCGCCACCGGGGUUUUGCGGGCUUUCGGCGCCCCUGGACACCGGCCUGGCCUUCCUGCCCGCUCAGGUUUCCGCCCGCCUGUGUGUCUCCUUACCUGGAGACUUCAGAGCUCUUACAUCCGAUUUCCCAGUCAGCUAGUGUCCUCGGGCCA